AUGGCUACUCUUGAAAAACAGUUAGCACCAGUUGGUACCAUUAUUGACAACAGUGCUGCUGCAAAAGAUGGCAACAACAGAAAAACGGUAGGGUUCGUACGGGCUGGAGUGCAGACGCAGACUGAUGGCGGGGUAAAAGUUACGAAAAAUCGAGAAGACAUUGAGCUGCCUGAAGAAAGUGACUCCGAUGGUGGUGAUGAGAAAGUGGAAGUUGCACAGAAGGAUGUUCCAUCUGAGGUCUUUGGAGGACUGGUUAGAAAGAGGGAUGAUUCUGAGAAAGAUGGCUGCGAGGAAAAUGCUCUUGCAAAUAGUGAAAACCGGCGGCUUGGUGCUCUUGAUAGGAUAAAACGACAUAAAAGGGCCGAGUGGCGCGAGAUGGAUAGAAAGCCAACGGGUUUGAUAGAUUUUGGUGUUGUUUUUCAAUGGCCUUCGAGAAGAACUUGUGUGGUGGCUGGUAAAGUUUUGCCAUAUACAGUUGCAUUCUUCUUUCACAUAUUAUCAUUAGAUCAAUACUGA